AUGGCUGACAACGACGAUGCGAACGAUGCCAUCUGGCAAAUCGGCGUCUUCGACGCCCACUGUCAUCCUACUGAUAUCAUGGCCUCAAUCAGGGACAUCCCCAGCAUGAAAGCGAGAGCCCUUACCGUCAUGGCCACAAGAUCACAAGAUCAGGAGAUGGUCCGGAAUACGGCACGGAAGUACCCUCGUCAGGACUCGACGUCGAGUUCUGGAGGCGAGGAGGCCUCGAAAUACGUGGUCCCGGCGUUUGGAUGGCAUCCUUGGUUUUCCCACCAAAUGUACGAUGAUGUGAAAGACGAUAGUAUUCACCCUGAUCAGGUUGAUCAUUAUAAAACCGUCUUGACUCCCACGCCAGAUGACGAGGAGUUCCUGAAGGCUCUCCCUGCCCCUCGGUCGCUGCGUGAGUUUCUGCAGGAGACAGAGGAGAGAUUGCAGGAGUUUUCCUAUUCAUUGGUCGGGGAGGUCGGCCUGGAUCGUUCUUUCCGGCUGCCACAGGGCCCAAGUGCCAUGACCGGCGACAUGAAGAACAAGACGGGCGGUUCAGAUGAGGAUUACACGCCCGGAUCUCGCGAGGGGCGACCACUGUCGCCUUACCGUGUCAAUAUUGAUCACCAAAAGGCGGUCUUGAAGGCUCAGUUCGAGCUUGCUGCGAAGCUCCAGCGUCCACUCUCUGUGCACAGCGUGCAGGCUCAUGGGUUGGUGUUUGACCUUCUGCAGGCGAUGUGGAAAGGCCAUCAGAAACCAUCGAAGAGAGAAAGGAAAAGGGCCUUGAGCGCCCCAAAGGCCCAUUCGAGCGAGAACAAUCCAAACGUUGGCACUCAAGAGGCUAAUCUUCCCCCAUUCCCACCGAGGAUAUGUAUGCACUCCUAUUCCGGGCCCCCAGAUGCACUGAAACAAUUUCUCGCGCCGACAGUGCCGGCAGAAAUCUACUUCUCCUUUUCGACGGCAAUCAAUUUCUCAAACGCUUCAACGGCAAAAGUCAUCAGCGUCAUCAAAGCGGUGCCCGACGAUAGGAUUCUUAUUGAGAGUGACCUACACUGUGCUGGGGAAACGAUGGACCGGCUUCUUUUGGAGAUCGUACACAAGGUCUGUGAGGUGAAGGGGUGGGAUUUGCGAGAAGGGGCCCAAAAGCUGAAAGCAAAUUGGGAGAACUUCAUCUUUGGCUCCAGUCCCCAAGGCUAG